AUGCACGCUCUCUGUAUCAUUAUCGGGAAAGCCCUCGGGUCAGGGAUCUUGCUUUUAAUAGUUUGUAUCCUCUCGAAGAUUGUACCUCCUCGUUACCCCCGGAGUAUUCCGGCUGUCCCCUUCUGGGUGACUUUGCUUUCCUUGUUUCGCGAUAUCGACCAAGAGGAUAUCUACAGGAAGUAUAUUCAGAAGCCUCUGCAAACCCAUGGAGCUAUUAAGAUAUUCUUUGCAGGGCAAUGGAACUUGCUCGUACAACGGUCAAGCUAUCUCAACGAAAUAUUUAGAAACGAAGACAUGUAUCAGAAAAGCGGGAACCAAAAGAAGAUCCCACACAGCGUACUUGCUGAGUUCUUAGGUGACAACGUGAUUUCUUCCCGAGGCACAACUUGGCGACUCUAUCGAGAUAUUAUCACGCCGGGUCUUCAGGGACACUUUGACACAGGUCUCGUGGCUGCAAAUGCAAAAGAGCUGUGCUCUUCGCUUUCCACCUUCCAGAAUACAGUCGGCAACCGGGGUGUACUUGUUCAGGACCUCCUGCAACAGUUUACCAUCGCCAAUGUUUCGCAAGUACUCUUGCAAGCAAAACACAAACCUACCAAAGGAACCGAACCAUCGCUUCAUCAGCUACAAUUAUCUGUAAAGAAGGAGAUAUUCAAACCCAUAUUCAUGAACUUUCCCGUCCUGGACAGAUUCGGUAAGUUGAUUCCGUGCCGCGUGAGAGCCCGAAACGUGGUGGAACAGUUCUCAGCCGCAUUGGAGAAUUGCGUACGGCAUGGCCAGGAAGCACCCCAACCUGGAAACUUAGGGGCACGUUUAAUCGCUGCGAGAGAUCGUGGGGUACUCACAGAGAAGCAAUUCCGGGACAACCUGAACGUGCUUUUUGUCGCCGGACAAGAGAACCCGCAACUGCUCCUGAUUUCGAUGCUGUACUUGCUUGCGAAGUAUCCGUAUGUUCAAUCCCGACUGAGGCAGGAAAUCGACACAUGCAAUACGUACGACGCCUCGAAGGUUGCUUUCAGCGAGCUUCCCUAUUUGACAUCCGUCAUUUACGAAAGCCUCCGCCUUCUGCCUCCAAUAUCGCAACUCAUCAAUCGCAGGACGUCACAAGACCUCGUUUUGGGAAAUCAGAUCUACAUACCCAAGGGCACAUACGUCGGAUACAACUGCUACUCCACCAACCGUGACCCUGCAGUCUGGGGACCGACAGCGGACGAGUUCCGGCCGGAGCGGUGGGGUCAGAGUAGCACAGAGAUUUCGCAGUGUUACCGUCAGAGGAGAGCCCGUGCGGAAUUCGUUUCUUUCCACGGUGGGAGCCGCGCCUGCUUAGGGGAGAAGUUCGCGCUCCUCGAGGCCCGAGUGGCGCUCUUUGUCCUGGUCAGCAGACUCUCAUGGUUGCUGGAUCCGGAAUGGCCAGAUCGUAAGACGCCGGCCGGUCCGCUGUACCCACGAGCUCUCCGGCUAGUUUUCACUGAACGUAAGUGGAAUUAA